GCUUCCACUCGCCAAACAGAUCAAAUUAAAUUUCUCUGGUCAAAAGUAAAAAAAAUUCUUUUAAAGUGAAAUGUGUAUUACUGGUAUACCAAAUAUUUAUAAUGGAACUCUUUAAUUAAAGUGAACUUAAAAAGAUCUACUACAAUCGAUACACUACUAACCGUUUCGUUGUUGCUUGGCCACUUUCAAGGACUAACUUAAGUGUGAAUUAUCUUCGCCUCAAUCUUGGACUUCGUCUCAACGUCGUUGUCUAUUGCGACAAAAUGCCGGGAGUUGUGUUUCUAAUCGUUGUGCCCACUGCGAAUUUUGAACGAGAGUUGAUCUACGGCACAUCGAACAAUGCUGUAACUGAGACGACGACUACACAUGGCUCUCCUGGUCGUGGGCAUCAUGCGAAUGCUGGGAUGGGUGGCGGCAAUAAUAAUCUGAACAUCAAUCUUCCGGAAAAUAACAACGCAAUACUACGACUCGAAGUUGAGUUACGUGACAAGAAUGUACCCAAGUAUCGACGCGGUGUGGGCGGCGGCGUGCCCGGUCGUGGGCGUGGCAUCGGUCAGGGACGGAAUGCUGCAGCAGCAAUAGCUGACGCUCGAGCUGGAGCAGGUGAGGCAGCGGCAAGUGCGCUGAAUAAAGGAACUGGAGCGGCUGCCACGUUGGCUGUGCCACUGGACCGACGUAAUUUAGUGGUGCCGCUUGAAAAGGUGCUUGAGGAGUUACUUGUCAAGCUUGAAAUUGAGCACGUUACUUGGACAACAAGCAAAAAGGGAUAUUUUCAUCACGUCGUUUUCCCACUGCAAGCCGGUGAUGCUUGCGAGACGACACUGCACUGCCUCACGGAGCUGGGCAUUGGCACUAAAUUGAAUUCCAGUGUCAGCGUUCUGCCCUGCAGUGUUAGUUACGAUGCCAUCACCGAUGCGGCCAACAUGCGAGAUGAUUACAGUGAUGAUGCCGAGGAAGCGUCCAGGUGGAACAAUUUUGUGGAAUCAAUUAAAUCGAAAUUGACCGUUAAACAGGUUGUGGACGGUGUGCGGGCUGGCGGUUCCUUGUCCUUUGACUAUCUGCUGCUAAUUGUUACCGCCGACUCCCUGGCAGCUCUUGGUUUGGUCGAGAAUAAUGCACCGAAUAUUGUUGCGGCGAUGCUGGUUUCCCCGCUCAUGGGUCCUGUUAUGUCUAUUACAUUUGGCGCAAUUAUCUCGGACAGAGAGCUAAUGCGCGUCGGCUUUAUGUGCUUGGGUCUGGGAAUGUUGAUCUCCUGCAUAUUUGGUUUCUGCUUUGGUCUAAUUCUCGGAACUACAGAAAUGCCAUGGGGACAGAAUGCGGAUUGGCCAACGGAGGAGAUGCGUGGCAGAGGCAAUGUGCGUUCCCUGUGGAUGGGAGUACUAUGGGCCCUAACAUCUGGCACAGGCGUUGCCGUUGCCCUGCUUCAGGGUUCAGCUGGCCCUCUGAUUGGCGUUGCCAUAUCAGCGUCUCUCCUGCCGCCGGUCGUCAACUGUGGUUUAUUUUGGUCACAGGCCUGCAUAUGGCUCAUCUAUCCGGAUAAGAGAAUACCCCACUUGAAGAACGAAGCGAUGAACUCAACCACCGCCUAUCCAUUUAUUUACACUGAUUAUUUGCCAACGGAGUUCUUGAUCAAUGGCAUUGUCUCUGCCUGUCUGACAGUUGUGAAUGUUAUUUGCAUAUUCAUAACUGCAAUUAUUGUACUAAAAAUCAAAGAGGUAUCAGCGCCCUAUACCGCCAGUCCGGAUUUAAAGCGAUUUUGGGAAACGGAUCUACGAACUGUCCGCAAGACCAAUCGAUCCACAAUGCGCCAUCGUGGAGGGACUUUACGUGGACUUGGAGCUAGUGACAAGCUUAUGGGUGGAGUGAACUAUCACGGCCUGGAUGAGGCACGUAAUGCCAAAAUGGAUUCAGCUCUAGAAAGAGCCCUGGCGCAAGCGGAAAGUGAUACAACGUUUAAGAAGGUCAAACGAAUGAGUUAUUCAAGCAAUGCAGCUGGUGAGCUUACCGAACGCCUUGCAAAGAUAGCCGGGCUGAAUAAGCGUCAUGUCGAGGAUCCGUUGCACACGAAUUCGAGCAGCUUAGCGGGCAGUCGUAUGAACUCUAUACCCAACUCGCAGUUGAAUGUGGACCUAAAGGCUUUGGACAAGAUAGUGACCAGCCUGCUGGAGCAGCAAAGCGGUGGCAACAGUAAAGCCACCGCAAAUCUAGAAGCCGGCAGCCGAACACCGCCCGUGCAACGUAUACCGUCAAAGAAACUGAACCGCUGGCGUCCGCUUUCCCGCUCAGUGCACAGUUUUAAGCGAGGCGAUGCCAGAGACUAUUCGGGUGGCAACUCCACCCAGUUGCAGGAGUGCAGCGAUAUGCAGGCUGCAAUGGGAGCACAGCACUCGCACAGCAACAUGCCCACCAUUAUGGAAAGCAGCGCUGGCAGCCCGACCGCCAACAAUGCCCAGCAGCUGACGCACAAUCCGUGGACGGCUUCGCUCGAGCGUACUCCGGGUGCGGUCAGAAAUGUACUGCACAGCAUCAGCCAGGCCGCCAAUGUUCCUUUAGCCGGGUCAGGCCCUGUUCCGGAGGAUCAGCUCAAUCUUACACAGAACUAUGUGGGUUGAUUGACAAAAAAUUAUACUAGCAUCAUUUGUAUAUGCCUGUAAUUGCAGUCACUCUCGAAA